CGCACACCCGGGCGGGCCGCAGCGGGGAGGUGCGGAGCGCAGCGAGGGCGGCAGCGGGAGCCAGCCGCCGCCCCUGCGCUCCGGGGCUGCGGGGCGCAUGGGGCGCGUGGAGCCGGGAACACUCGCGGGCUGCGCACCCGGCCGCCUGCUGCGGUGAGACACGGCGCCGGACGCCCCCAGAGCCCCGGCAGUCGGGAGGAUGACCAUGGCUGGCGGCCGGCGGGGACUAGUGGCCCCGCAGAACACAUUUCUGGAGAACAUCGUGCGGCGGUCCAACGACACUAAUUUUGUGUUGGGGAAUGCCCAGAUCGUGGACUGGCCCAUCGUGUACAGCAAUGAUGGAUUCUGCAAGCUGUCUGGCUACCACCGAGCGGAAGUGAUGCAAAAGAGUAGCGCCUGCAGUUUUAUGUAUGGAGAGCUGACCGACAAGGACACGGUUGAAAAGGUUCGCCAGACCUUUGAGAACUACGAGAUGAACUCCUUCGAAAUUCUGAUGUACAAGAAGAACAGGACACCCGUGUGGUUUUUUGUGAAGAUCGCUCCGAUCAGGAACGAACAGGAUAAAGUGGUUCUGUUCCUUUGCACUUUCAGUGACAUAACAGCGUUCAAGCAGCCCAUUGAGGACGACUCCUGCAAAGGUUGGGGGAAGUUUGCUCGACUGACCAGAGCUCUGACAAGCAGCAGGGGAGUCCUGCAGCAGCUGGCCCCCAGUGUGCAGAAGGGUGAGAAUGUUCACAAGCACUCGCGCCUGGCAGAGGUCCUGCAGCUGGGUUCAGACAUCCUCCCCCAGUACAAGCAAGAGGCGCCAAAGACACCCCCCCACAUCAUCCUACACUACUGUGUCUUUAAGACCACAUGGGAUUGGAUCAUCUUGAUCCUGACCUUCUACACAGCCAUCCUGGUCCCUUACAACGUCUCCUUUAAAACCAGGCAGAAUAAUGUGGCCUGGCUGGUGGUGGACAGCAUCGUGGAUGUCAUCUUUUUGGUGGACAUUGUCUUGAAUUUUCACACCACCUUUGUCGGGCCAGCGGGGGAAGUGAUCUCUGACCCCAAACUUAUCCGCAUGAACUACCUGAAGACAUGGUUUGUGAUCGACCUUCUCUCCUGUUUGCCAUAUGACGUCAUCAACGCUUUUGAGAACGUGGAUGAGGUUAGUGCCUUUAUGGGUGAUCCAGGGAAGAUUGGUUUUGCUGAUCAGAUCCCACCACCACUGGAGGGGAGAGAGAGUCAGGGCAUCAGCAGCCUGUUCAGUUCUCUGAAAGUCGUGCGGCUGCUCCGUCUCGGACGAGUGGCCCGCAAGCUGGACCAUUAUAUCGAGUAUGGAGCGGCGGUACUGGUCCUGCUGGUGUGCGUGUUCGGGCUGGCUGCCCACUGGAUGGCCUGCAUCUGGUACAGCAUUGGGGACUAUGAGAUCUUUGACGAAGACACCAAGACCAUCCGUAACAACAGCUGGCUCUACCAACUGGCACUGGACAUCGGCACUCCAUACCAGUUUAAUGGGUCUGGUUCGGGGAAGUGGGAAGGCGGGCCAAGCAAGAACUCCGUGUACAUUUCCUCGCUGUACUUCACCAUGACAAGUCUCACCAGCGUGGGCUUUGGUAACAUCGCCCCAUCCACAGACAUCGAGAAGAUCUUCGCCGUAGCCAUCAUGAUGAUUGGCUCCCUUCUGUAUGCCACCAUCUUUGGGAAUGUGACGACCAUUUUCCAGCAGAUGUAUGCCAACACCAACAGGUAUCAUGAGAUGCUCAACAGCGUCCGGGAUUUCCUGAAGCUCUACCAGGUGCCCAAGGGGCUGAGCGAGCGGGUCAUGGACUACAUUGUGUCUACCUGGUCCAUGUCCCGCGGCAUCGACACGGAGAAGGUCCUGCAGAUCUGCCCCAAGGACAUGCGAGCUGACAUUUGUGUACACCUGAACCGCAAAGUGUUCAAAGAACACCCCGCCUUCCGGCUGGCCAGCGAUGGUUGCCUGAGGGCCUUGGCCAUGGAGUUCCAGACAGUGCACUGCGCCCCAGGGGACCUCAUCUAUCACGCUGGGGAGAGUGUGGACAGCCUCUGCUUCGUGGUCUCGGGCUCCCUGGAGGUGAUCCAGGAUGACGAGGUGGUGGCCAUCCUAGGGAAAGGAGACGUGUUUGGGGAUGUUUUCUGGAAGGAGGCUACCCUUGCACAGUCCUGCGCUAAUGUCCGGGCCUUGACCUACUGUGACCUGCACGUGAUCAAGAGGGAUGCCCUGCAGAAAGUGCUAGAAUUCUACACAGCCUUCUCCCACUCCUUCUCCCGGAACCUGAUUCUCACCUACAAUCUGAGGAAGAGGAUUGUGUUCCGGAAGAUCAGCGAUGUGAAACGAGAAGAAGAGGAGAGGAUGAAACGGAAGAACGAGGCCCCCCUUAUCCUGCCUCCUGACCACCCUGUCAGGAGGCUCUUCCAGAGGUUCCGACAGCAGAAAGAAGCCAGGCUGGCAGCCGAGAGAGGCGGCCGGGACCUGGAUGACCUGGAUGUAGAGAAGGGCAAUGCCCUCACGGACCAUACCUCAGCCAACCACAGCCUGGUGAAGGCCAGUGUGGUCACGGUGCGUGAGAGUCCCGCCACGCCUGUGUCCUUCCAGGCAGCCUCCACCUCCACAGUGUCAGACCACGCCAAGCUGCAUGCACCGGGAUCCGAGUGCCUAGGUCCCAAGGCAGGCGGCGGCGACCCUGCCAAGCGCAAAGGCUGGGCCCGCUUCAAAGAUGCCUGUGGGAAGGGUGAGGAUUGGAACAAGGUGUCCAAGGCAGAGUCCAUGGAGACGCUGCCUGAGAGGACAAAGGCAUCGGGCGAGGCCACGCUGAAGAAGACAGACUCCUGUGACAGUGGAAUCACCAAGAGUGACCUGCGCUUGGACAAUGUGGGUGAGGCCAGGAGUCCCCAGGACCGGAGCCCCAUCUUGGCCGAGGUCAAGCAUUCUUUCUACCCCAUCCCCGAGCAGACACUGCAGGCCACAGUGCUGGAGGUGAAGCAUGAGCUGAAGGAAGACAUCAGGGCCUUGAAUGCCAAAAUGGCCUCCAUUGAGAAGCAGCUGUCUGAGAUUCUCAGGAUACUCAUGUCCAGAGGGUCCUCCCAGUCUCCCCAGGAGACGUGCGAGAUCUCCAGGCCCCAGUCCCCAGAGUCAGACAGAGACAUUUUUGGGGCAAGCUGAGAGGAUCAUUUCAAAACAAACAAAAAAAUCAAAGACAAAAGCCUGCCCCCCUGCCCCUGACACUCCCCACCGCACCAAACACAUGACCAACAACUUUCAAACUGGGCUUUUUCUGACAGGAAGUCAAAGUCAGACCAAGUGGCUUAGGUGUGCCUGCGUGGUCUCUGGAAAACAUAAGAGGGAACAUGGCAAGGAACCCUACCAUGUAAGAUGGCAGCUGUGUUGGACUAGCCAUUGACAGUUGUUGAAGAAGGGGCAUUACAUCCAUCGAAAGAGCAUUUCCUCUAACAUGGUUUACUGAUGUGAUAUUUUUAAAGGGUUAAAACUACCAGGUAAGGGCAGCAGCCAUGUAGAGACUGGUGGAAGAACCCUGAAAACCUUUCACAAAUAGACUACACUGGGCUUCUUUACCAAGACCCCUGAAGACCACAGCAGGCACAGGACUUCUGGGCAUUCACCACCCUCAAGUAGCCCUGUCUGACACCACCUGUUUUUCUACUCUCGUCUUUUGUAACAAGCUCGUGAUAGGGGAGCUUGACGGGCUGGAAGAGCCUUCCCACUCUAACGGUAGAGGUGGCGCAUUGGGUGCUGUGCGUGGACACACAGGCUGGGCCCCUCAGGUUUCCUUGCCCAGAAGAGGUGAGGCAAGAGUAAGGGCUGGAGAGGGCCCUGCAGGGGCUCUGAGUGGGUUCUGUUGCAUGGUCCAACGCCUGCUCCUGUGGACGGUUGGUGUGGAAGCUCCCUAACCCCAGGGGACCCUCCGGAGCUGCACCAUUUACAGGCCUCAUGACACGAGCUCCUCUCCUUCUCCCUCGACCUACCUUUUCCUAAGCUUGUCCAUGGCUUUCCUCAGGGUGUAGGGCAUCGACCGGAAGGGGCAGGCGCCCAGUAUUGAUUUCCUAACAAAGCAGACACACAUACAACCUCAAAAAAAAAAAUGAUUGUAGCAAGUACUAGGUUUCUAUUUUGAUUCUCAUGGGGAUUUCUGUCCAAUGCAUGGGGUCAUUAGAGGACACGUGGGAGCCACACUUAGCCUUAUUUGAAAGCCAACCUAUUUCCUACUCUAAAAAUAAUGGCAGGACCAUGAUAAUUCUCUCUUAGGGAGCUGGAGAAAAACAACGAAGCAUUGGUUUUCAAAAUAUCUCAGUAAUGAGCUGGAGGAUGUGACAGUGGAACUAUGGCCUGGGGGAAGGAGGGGGCUCGGAGCCAUGGUCACGGGGCCAUCUCCAUGCCAUCCAAAUUCCCACAUCAUGGUGCUCAGGGACACUCGCUGCCUCGAUCACUUGAGGACAGGUUGUUUGUUCUUCCUUCAAUGGCAUGAGACAGGACGGAGGAACUGGCUCAGGUGCAUACCUGGCCGGAUGUCAGGGGUCUAACUCUGCCAGUGAGCCUGGAAGGUCAGCUCUACCGUGAGAUCUGAGAGAGCAGUUGGGACAACAAGUGACAUGGGCACCUCUGCUUAGCUUUGCUUGGCUGUUGCAAUUCAGAAUGUCAGCCUCUCUAGGGAACCUGACACUCUGGACCUGUUCUACCAAAGAUACUUACUGUUCUGCUUGGUGGCUACGGCACAUGCUGGGACUUGAUCCUGGACAGCCCUGGGACGUCAAGAGUGUACACACAUGUAGUUUUUCAUGCAAUGCAUAGGGGCUGGUUCAUGGCAUCCCUAGACCAAGACAUGGCAGAAUUCAAAGACACCCACGGAUGACCAUGGGUAAAACUAGGCCUGCAGUCUCUUGAGCUGCUGCCAAACACCACUUGGAACAGAGACUGUGAA